CCUCUUUUUCUCUCUCUUCGUUUUUCUUUUUCUGUGCUUUGUUUUGUUUCCUCUCAAGAAGGCAACCUAACCUUGUUUUAGUUUAGGGGGAAGGGCGGGAUUGUUCCCUUUCUUGAAAAAAAAAAAAGAGAAAAGAAAAAAAAAGAGAAGAAAUUCUUUCGGGGGAUUCCGUCCGAUCUCAGCCAGGGGCCGGGAGGCCUCCAAUGAGCGUGGAGAGACAAUAAGCGCAGGGCGACAAAUGGGGGCCAGAAAGGUCGGCAAGUAUGAGGUCGGCCGGACCAUCGGGGAGGGCACCUUCGCCGAGGUUAAAUUCGCCAUCAGCACGGAGACCGGAGAGAGCGUAGCCAUGAAGGUCCUCGCCAAGAGCACCAUCCUCAAGCACAAGAUGGUCCAUCAGAUCAAGAGAGAAAUAUCUAUAAUGAAGAUUGUCAGGCACCCUAACAUAGUCAGGCUACAUGAGGUUUUGGUUAGUAGGACAAAGAUAUACAUCAUUCUUGAACUUAUCACAGGAGGAGAACUCUUUGAUAAAAUAGUAAGGCUUCAGACAGUCUUUCACUAAAAUAGGGGCUUUUUUGGUACUCCUAUAUUUUAGUAAAUAUAUAUGAUGCUGAAAUCCAUGACAUAGAUUAGGCCAGUUUCAGAGCCAGGUUAAAGGCCAAGGCCAAGCUUGGGCAAAAUAUGAAAAUGAAUGGAUUAUGGAUCAAUGAAAGCCUUAUGUAGGGUUGCAUAAUCUGUUUCUGAUAUCUUAUGGCCCUAAUUGUAAUUCAUCUUGCAAUUUUAUCUCUUUGCUUUGCUAAUUCAACUGUCCAAAUAUUGAGAGCUGCUUCACUAGAAAACAAAAAGGAUGGCAGACCAAUUGAGAGGGUGUUAUCUCAUGUAUAGAAGGUCAAGGAGUUCUUGGAGAAGUAGACUUUCAAUAUGUAUAUAUGUGUCUGUGUAUGUGUGUGUGUGUAUUCAGGGAUGUCGUGAAUGAUGAAGCAAUCUGAUUUGCGAUCAGAUCUGCACUUGUCUCUUCAUUUUUGAGAGCUGAUUUCAGAUCUACAGCAGAUAAGUGCUAAUAUCAGCUGUAUAUAGAUUAUCAUUGAUAUCAUGCCUUAUCCUAGCUCUUGUGACUUCACGAAUCCUUAUCUACCCAUUAUUCCUUGUAAGGAGCUAGUUUUUGCUGCGACUGCAAUCUUGUCUGGGAGCUUUUUCAUGAUCUAUAUUCACAAGAACUCAGUUGUUCUCCUCCUCUUUCUAGACCCUUGGAUGCAAAUUAGAGCAUGUCUCCUUGUUAAGGUUGUGUAGAUCUUUGUUGCACAUUUCCAUAAAUAGGAGUUGGGAAGAAAUAACUAAAUAUGAAGCAGACCCUAAUUUUUAGGUCUAGAAUUUGCAAAUGGGAUCCUGUAAGUUAUCAAGUUGCACGCAGAACCGUAAAAAUUUUUCAGAACCUUAUCAAAUUCUUUUUGGAAAUGCAUAACCAAAUUCAGUAACAUGUUGAUAAUAAGACUAUCUUCUGGUUUAUGUUUGAAAAACACCACAACUGCAGUAUUGCAAUAAAUGAUCAUAUUAGUCAUUCUUAUAACCCUUCCCUUUCUAUUGGGUGAGGCAGACCACAAACAAUCACCAAUAUAAGAUGUGAUGAUGUUUAUAGUUUUUUCCCCGUCCCUCUCUCCAAACUCAAAAUCCUAAAUUUGUCAUAAAAUGUGAAUAUAUGCAUUUAAUAUGCAUUUUUGUCACUCACCUAAUUACCAGUCAUGAUCUUCUAGCAUUUGCUUUUGUAUAUCCAUAAUAAGCACUCAUAGAAUCUUACUCUUUUCUUAAUUUUAACAUCACCUUAAAAUUUUUGACCUUCUUGAUAUGAAGAAACUGUUUUAAAAUUAAUGUCUUGAAUAUUUUUCUUUGUGCUGCUGCAAAUUCUUCUUUAGCUUUGUAUUAUGAAUCUUUAAUUAAAUUUGAUCCCGUGAUAACCUUUGCAAUUCUAUUUGUGCUCCUUUUCAUUGUAGAUUGGCAACACACUAACAGUUAAGUACAAUUACGAAUGCCUGUUUGCGUUAUGUGUCUUCAUGCACUAAAAUGUGUUUGUUUUUCAAAUUGUUCCAUUGUGUCAACAAUAUGUCUCAACAUAAAGUGCAUUCCUAUUGUCCUAAUUUUUUUCCCUAUGUGCAACCGUUUUCUUCUAUAGCUUCCUAAUAUGAACUGUUAUUUAAAUAUGCUUCUGUGGUAACCUUGGUCCUUUGCAACUGUAUUUGUCUGCCUAUUUGUAGACCAGUAGCAUAAAUUGAAUGAUUGUUUCCUUAAAGUAUCUUCAUGCACAAAAAUGUGUUUGUUCCUCGAAUUGGCCUUUCUUUAUUUAAUAUGUAUAAACAUAAUUUGCAUUCCUUUAUGCAUUUUAAUUCUUGACUACUAUGAUUGAACUCACAGAUGAAUGACAAAAACUCUUCCUUAUCAUUUCUUUGGUCAAUCAACUAGCUGAUAUUAAAUCUCAGCAUGUUUAUUUGUUUUCUUAUCUUCAU